AUGGAUUCAACCGGACAAUCAUGGACUACAGCGUAUCCCUCAUCAUCCAACUCCGGGACUGUAACUGCUUCUUCAGCAUUCGAUUCAUAUCGUUCGACGCCAUUGGUACAACAAAGUGAUUCUUUCGUAAGAGAACUAGAGGAAUGUCCAUUACCACGUAUGCUGAAUGUACUAGAACAAAUACAAUAUCGACCAGAGCAAUCUCAAAUUCAUCAGGCAAUUCUAUCCAAUCCAUACAACAUAGUUAAACUGCUUCAGUACGAGCCCCAUCCGUACGCGUUUGUGAAACUAACAACAUGGCUCCUUCGGAUGGAAAAGUGGACCAAGAACUUUGUUUGGAAGUUGGUGGAGAAGUUUUGCUCCCUUAUAGCAUCGUCUCCCACAUUGGAAGAUCAGCUUUGUUCUUUUACUUGUUUGGAGUUCGGAAUGCUGCUUGUAGAUUCGGGUUGGUACACCGAAGCCGUCGUUUUGUUGAGAGCAUUGAGAAUUCAGUCCAAAGACCAACCAGUUCAUGAGUUGUGUAUCCUGCGUACGCUGCUUCUAGCGGAAAGUCUCUCCAGUCGUCACGAGGCAUCCAAGCAGACAAUUCGCGAUAUAAAAAUACUGCUACCGCAAACAGAGAAUAUCCCGUCGAGUACGUUGGCUGAUGUCCACAGCGCCAUCGCGGUAAGUCUUUUCGAACAGUGCGAAUUCGAAGCAAGUUAUCAGCAGGGAUUGUCGGUGCUGGAGCUGCUAACGGACUACAGCGAUCAUGAAGUAAUAGUUUCGGCAUUACGACAGUUGGCUAAAGUCUGUCUCGCUCGUAGACAACUGAGACGAGCUAAACUUUUAAUAACCCAGGCAGUCAGCUGGGCGUCGCACAAUUUAGGACCGAUGAGUAUUACUUACGCAAGGGCACUGGAAGAUUAUGCCUUUUACUUGUUGACGAUGAGAGCAUACGGCGACUGUAUAAUGGUUCAUUCGGAAGCCAAAGAUAUCUAUUGUAAUGCUUACGGAUGCUUUAGCUUGCACCCGGAUUUGGCAAUGGGGAAUCUGGCGUUCUGGUUGUACCUCGAAAGCCGGCAGUACCCAGAAUUCGGUUCAAUUGAAACCUAUCUGCAGUUUGUGGUUGACUUGGAUGCAAAAGUCAAGUCGGAAGUAGAGCACCCCGAAGAAAGACAAGCGGUGGCUUGCAGACGUAUUCGGCUACUAACAACUGUAGAAAGAUUGGCACAGCAAGAGGACGUUGUCAAAUCGGAUCGUAGAGUGAAAGUUCAACCGCAGCACAGUAUUGCAGUUAUAAAAAGAUUAUUUUCUAAAUUUCCCGAUUGUGAUUAG